UGAGCGGGAGUGUGUGUGAGGAGUGUGUGUGAGCAGGAGUGUGACAGCCGAUGAGAUGAAGAGUGUGAGAGCCGGUGCGAUGAAGAGUGUGUGGCGUGCGUUGUGGCUCCUCUGUCUCAGCGCGUGUGUGUGUAAAAGAGUGUGUGUGAGGGCGACCCAAGGGGAAGAUAUCCCCGAGGACAACGGCCUCCUCCGACUGAACAAGGGCAACUUUGACCAGGCGCUCAAACUCUACCAGCCACUUCUAGUACAGUUCUAUGCCCCUCUGUCGGGCGAGUCCAUGGGUUCCAUCAUGGAGUUCUCACGCGCCGCCGCGCAGCUGAAGGACGCGCACGCCGCCAUUACACUGGCCGCCGUCGACAUGUCGAAGGAGAAGGCUCUGGCCGCGGAGCUGAACGUCACGGUCAUUCCCUCCAUAAGGCUGUACCUCUCGGCUGACAGACACAACCCCAUAAUAUGCCCCGCCCUCAGAGACGCUGAAGCCAUCCUAACUUGGCUGAAGAGAAGAGAGGGGCCCAGUGCUGAUGUCAUCAAGGCCCUCAGCCAAUUAAAGGACUUCAGCAAGUCACAUGACCUUGCAGUGCUGGGUUUGUUUAGGGAUCUGGAGCAAGGUGCAGUGCAGGUGUUCUUCUCUGUUGCCGCUGAGGUGCCGGAUCUCCCCUUUGCAGUAACACACAGCAGUGAGGUCUUCACACACUACAGCAUACACACAGACAGUGUGCUCAUCCUUAGAAAGGAUAACCUGGACAGUAAACUGGAGAUGAGCAGUGACAUCACUAAAGAUGAUCUGACUGAUUUUAUCAGAAUCUACGAGUUUGACCUGGUCACUGAGUACAAUGGAAAGACUGGACCACAGAUCCUGAAUUCAGUGCUGAAGAAUCAUCUGGUGCUGUUCAUUAACAAGACUGAAGAGAUCUCCACACACACCCUCACAGAGUUCCACAAGACAGCCACUCUCUUCAGGGGACAGGUCCUGUGUGUGCUGAUAGAUAUGGAGGAGCCCAGGAAUGGCCGUGUCAUCGAGUUCUUCCGCGUCCGCUUCGAAGACGCUCCGCUGGUGCGCAUGGUCAACAUGACGGACGGCCAGCAGUACCAGCUGCACACACACACCGUGGACACACACACACUCACACACUUCACCAGGGAAUACCUGCAGGGCAACGCCAAGCCCAGACUGCAGAGUGAGCCCAUUCCAGCUGAUUGGGAUCAGCAGCCUGUGAAGGAGCUAGUGGGACAAAACUUUGAGGCCGUCGUCUUCAACGAGAAAAACAACGUUCUAGUGCUAUUCUAUGCACCGUGGAGCGAGGAGAGCCGCGCCCUUUUCCCACUGUGGGAGGAGAUUGCUCAUCGCUUCCGUAACCAUGACAACAUGGUCAUCGCCAGGAUCGACACGACAGCGAAUGACGUGAACAUCAGAAUGACGGAGAGGCCCCCGUCAAUCAAAAUAUUCCCCGCAGUUUAUGCACAGAGGGUCAUCUCCUACACAGGGGAUCCAACAGCAGAUGCUCUGGUGGAGUUUGUGCAGCAGGAGGUGAAAAGAGCAAAGAAGGACAAAGCCAAGGAGGAGAAGGAGAGGAAGAAAUAUAUUGAAACGGUCAAAGCAGCAGAAGCAGCAGAAGUGCCAGAUUUCUAG